AUGGCUACACAACUCACCCCCCUUCGAGAAGUCGAGCGACUGAGUUCAAACGUGAUCCGCAUCUUGGGAGGCAAUCCAGGAAAGGUGAUUGAAUUGAAUAUGCGUUUUGCAUCCAGGCAACGCGAAGCUGAUAAUGUGCUAGGUAGCAAUACAUAUCUUGUUGGAACAGGAAAACAACGCCUUCUCAUAGAUACGGGAGAGGGAAAGCCAUCCUGGAUUAAGUUGUUGGAGGAAACCUUGCAAAAGGAGAAUGCGAUAGUCACCAAAGCUAUCAUCACACACUGGCACCAUGAUCAUCAAGGAGGCAUCGAGCAUUUACAGCAGUCCUCACCAAAUGUGAUCAUUUACAAGAACCAACCAGGUUACUCGGCUAGUUCCGAUGGGUGGCUGGAUAUAAUAGAGGGUCAGAGGUUCUCUGUCGAUGGCGCUUCGUUACGUGCUGUUCAUUCUCCCGGCCACACAAAAGAUCAUAUGGCUUUAGUACUUGAGGAGGAAGACGCCAUGUUCACUGGCGAUAAUGUUCUAGGCCAUGGCACGGCUGUCUUUGAGGAUCUUGCGGCUUAUCUGAAGAGUCUAGAGAAGAUGAAGGACGCCUUUCAAGGCAGAGCUUAUCCUGGUCAUGGUCCAGUGAUCGAAGAUGGCCCAAGCAAGAUACUCGAAUACAUAAAGCACAGGAAACAGCGUGAAGAUCAAGUGAUCCAAGUCUUAAAGUCCUCGAAAUCAUCGCCUGAGGUAGCCGCGCAAACAGGAGAGCCAGAGUGGACUUCCAUGGAGAUUGUGAAGAUCAUUUAUAAAGAUGUCCCCGAGAGUCUUCACUUACCAGCGAAUCGGGGCGUCUUGCAGGUCCUGCGAAAACUGGAGGAAGAGGAAAAGGUCAUUGAGGACUCGAAGACUGAGAAAUGGACAAUUAGAGACCGCGCGGCUUUAUAA